UAUAGAAGGCUCUAUCCUGACACUGUAUCCAAGAUGCUGCUGGUGCUUCUACUGGUGAUGCUGACAUCGUGCACUGCAAUCCCUCAAAAUCUGGCAAAUAAAAUAUUCACCUUCCCACAACAAACCAAUACAGCUCAUGUGAGGGUGACUACAUCAGGACAAGAUCUGAAGGCUGUAACCGUGUGUUUCAGGUCCUUUACUGACCUCAAUAGAGACCAUUCCUUGUUCUCUCUGGCUACACCCUCUGCUCACAAUAACUUCCUGAUAUUCAAGAAAGCUGCAAAUGGCUUAUUUGAACUGUGGGCCAGGGGCAAGUUGAAUACAGUUGAAGGGAUUGCCUACAAGUUGAACACAUGGCAUUCUAUUUGUUCCACUUGGAACGCUACCUCUGGACUCAUGCAGCUGUGGGUCGAUGGAGUCCCCUCAAGUAGAAAAUUCACCAGCUCUGGAUCCAACAUCAAUGGACCCAUUAUCAUUGUCUUAGGACAGGAACAGGAUACCCAUGGUGGGGGAUUUGAUAUCAAUCAGUCCUUUGUUGGCAUGAUGUCCGAUGUCCACAUGUGGGACCACACCCUUUCCUCCUGUGAGAUCCAGAACUACUCGAAUAAUCUGAGCUUCACAGCAGGCAAUGUGCUGAACUGGUAUGCGUUUGAGUUUCAGAUAGUUGGAAGAGUGCUGAUAGAAAACAAACAAGAGUUGUGUCAAUAG